AGAUCAUUUCUUUCUCCAAUAUUCUUUUUUAUUUUCUUUUUACUCUUUCUAUUCUCUCAAAAAUUUCAUUUCUACUGUAAUAUCGUCCAUUUUCUAACUUGAGCAAAGACAACUCUGAUAGACCUUUGAUUAUUCUCUAAGACAAUAAAAAUAAGACACACUCAUAUAAGUGAGUUGCAGAGCUGCCACCCCGUUUCUCCACCAUAAAAGCCCCACUUUCUCCGGCGGCUUCUCGUAAUCUCUUUCUCUCUACCCAUCUCUAUGUCUAUCUCGCUUUCUGUAGCUGGACUGUAAUAUUAACUGUAGAUUCGAUUUCCGGCUGGCGAAUUUGCCAGAAUGACCUCAAUAACCUCCGCCGAAUUGAAUUACCUCGUUUUCCGUUACCUUCAAGAGUCAGGUUUUACACAUUCAGCUUUUGCUUUAGGAUAUGAGGCAGGCAUUAACAAAUGUACCAUAGAUGGAAAUAUGGUUCCACCUGGUGCUCUUAUUACAUUUGUACAAAAGGGAAUUCAUUUCUUGGAGAUGGAAGCAAAUUUGAAUAAUAGUGAUGCAGAUGUGGAUGAAGAUUUCUCAUUCUUGCAACCUUUGGAUCUCAUUACAAAAGAUGUAUAUGAAUUACGGCAAAUGAUAAAAGAUAAGAAAAAAAAUCUUCAUAAGGACAGAGACAAAGACAAAGACAAAGAUAAAGAAUUUGAAAGGGAGCAUGAAAGAGAAAGUGCACGGGUAAGAGAGAAAGAUAGGCAUGAAAGGGAGAAGGAAAGUGAAAAGGACAGAGAGCGGAUAGAAAAGGAAAAAGAGAGAGAAAAGCAGCAUGAGGAUAUUGCUGAUAGAGAAAUGGUUGCUGAUCAAGCGGAUCAGAAUAAUGACAAACAUGAAGAAAAUGGAAAUUCUGGAGAACCAAUGGAAGUCUCUACUACUUCAACAUCCCAGACGUGCGAGAUUCCUAGUUCUGAUGUGAUGAUUUUGGAGGGACAUACAUCAGAGGUUUGUGCCUGCGCAUGGAGCCCAACAGGAUCACUUCUUGCAUCUGGAUCUGGAGAUUCCACAGCACGUAUUUGGACAAUAGCAGAUGGGACAUCUAGAUCUAGUGUGCAGAAUAGUCAUCUAAAUGUGCUGGUGCUGAAGCAUGUCAAAGGUAGAACAAAUGAGAAGAGCAAAGAUGUUACAACAUUAGAUUGGAAUGGUGAGGGGACCUUAUUGGCAACAGGUUCAUAUGAUGGGCAAGCAAGAAUUUGGAACACAAGUGGUGAACUAAAGACUACUUUGAGUAAACACAAAGGUCCUAUAUUUUCUCUGAAGUGGAACAAAAAAGGGGAUUUUCUUGUUACUGGAAGCUGUGACAAAACUGCUAUAGUGUGGGAUGUGAAAACUGAGGAAUGGAGACAACAGUUUGAAUUUCAUUCAGGUCCUAUACUUGAUGUUGACUGGCGCAAUAAUCUUUCAUUUGCUACAAGCUCCACAGACAAUAUGAUAUAUGUUUGUAAAGUUGGAGAUACCCGCCCGGUUAAAACUUUUGCUGGGCAUCAGGGUGAGGUUAAUUGUGUCAAGUGGGAUCCAACUGGCUCAUUACUGGCUUCAUGCUCGGACGAUAUCAGUGCAAAGAUAUGGAGUAUGAAGCAGGACAAGUAUGUUCAUGAUUUGAGGGAACAUUCUAAGGAGAUUUACACUAUCAGAUGGAGCCCCACUGGACCUGGUACAAACAAUCCUAACCAGCAAUUAGUGCUAGCAAGUGCAUCAUUUGACUCAACGGUGAAAUUAUGGGAUGUGGAACACGGGAAACUUAUCUGCAGUUUGAAUGGACACGGGGAUCCUGUGUACUCAGUUGCAUUUAGCCCAAAUGGAGAGUAUCUGGCUAGUGGGUCUCUUGAUAGAUGUAUCAACAUCUGGUCGUUGAAAGAAGUUAAGAUCGUGAAAACAUACACUGGCAAUGGUGGAAUAUUUGAGGUUUGUUGGAACAAGGAAGGUGACAAAAUUGCAGCAUGCUUUGCCAACAAUACAGUAUGUGUGUUAGACUUGAGAAUGUAAGUUCUUGGGAGGGUGUUUGUGAUCUAAGGAUUGCUCUGAAAGAUUGCAGUACUUUAACUGGUCAUCAGUUCUCUAUCACAGUUUUUUCUGAGGCAUAUGGGAAAGUGUGCCUUUGGUUGGGUAUGGUUCUUUUGUAUUUUUCAUCUAGUGUAGUUGUAGGUGUUACUAAUUUGAAUUUUAUCUUGUUUUUAAGUUAUAAAUGAAAUUUUCACUCAAUUGUUAGCUAGGGUAAUGCUUUGUAUGAUAUGUGGAUCAGUGGCAAAAUUAUGUACAGUAUUAUUCUUAUUGGAUCCAUAGUUUAUGACU